AUGGCGAGCGGUGCGUUAGCUGCUGCUGUUGCACGCCGAGGGUUUCGCGAAAGUGAACGAACGCUACGAAAAUUAUCUGGUUUGGCUCCGCUCGUUACAGCAUCAACAACUCAAGACGCUGCUGGAAUCGGACAGACGAGAAGCUUCGUGAGAAACUUCACGGUUUCGCCACAUCAGAGACAGGAGCCCAAUCUGUCGUCAGCCGCCACGUCCGCAUCCACGUCAGCCGCCACGUCAGUCGCCACAUCGUCAGCAGCAGCGGUAGCGGUAUCUCACGAGUUCCCAGGCGCGCGCAUGGCGUUCACUUCUGACCUUCAGUUCGUGCCUGAACAUCCGGAGUCUCCUGUGCCGUGCUUCCGUGUGCUGGACCAUGAAGGGGGGCUCGUGGAGGGCGGAGAGGAGCCCGAGCUCGCCCAGUCUGAGGCAGAGCGCAUGUAUCAAGCAAUGAUGGAGCUUCAAGCAAUGGAUUCGGUGUUCUACGAGGCGCAGAGGCAGGGGCGCUUCUCGUUCUACAUGACCACGGCGGGGGAGGAGGCCGUCAACAUCGCUUCUGCCGCUGCCAUUCACGCCCACGACCAUGUGUUCGCGCAGUACCGCGAGCCCGGAGUGCUGCUGUGGCGGGGCUUCUCACUCCCUGACUUCGCCAAUCAGUGCAUGGGGAACCGGCUGGACAAGGGCAAGGGGCGGCAGAUGCCCGUGCACUAUGGGUCUGCGGAGCUCCGAUUUCACACUAUCUCGUCCCCCCUAGCCACGCAGAUCCCGCAUGCAGUGGGGGCGGCCUAUGGGCUCAAGAUGGCGGGCGAGGGGUGCUGCUCCGUGGCUUACUUUGGGGAGGGCGCUGCCAGUGAGGGAGACUUCCACGCAGCUCUCAACUUCGCAGCAGUCCUAGAGGCACCUGUACUCUUUAUAUGCCGCAACAACGGCUGGGCUAUAAGCACCCCCGCAAAGGAACAGUACCGAGGUGACGGCAUAGCAGGGCGAGGGGCGGCAUACGGCGUCUCUAGUGUGCGGGUGGACGGCAACGAUGUGCUGGCAGUGCUGAGGGUGGUGAAGGAGGCGAGGGAGCGAGUGGUGCAGACAGGGAAGCCCAUUCUCGUAGAGGCCAUGACAUACCGCACGGGCCAUCACAGCACAUCAGACGACUCAUCUCGCUACCGCGGGGCAGGGGAGAUGGCACACUGGCGCACACAGAGAGACCCGGUGGCGCGCUUCAGGCGGUGGCUGGAGAGGCGAGGGUGGUGGGAUGAGGAGCGGGAGAAGCAGGCGAGGGAGAUUGCCAGGGAGGAGGUGAUUGCCGCACUGGAAGCUGCUGAGAAGCUUCCGAAGCCGCCACUUUCGGAUCUAGUGAGCGAUGUAUACGACAAUAUUCCGGUUCAUCUGCAGGAGCAGGAGAGGGCAGUGCGUGCAGCCGUCAUGAAGAACCCUGGGGCAUAUCCUGGUGAUGUGCCCCUGUAG